UUUUGUUUUCCCGUAUCCGCCAUUUCAGUUUUUGAAGUUAGUUGUCAUCAGCGGCUGGUUUGUAGCAACGUUCGUGCCUCUGACACAAGCUGUAUGAUUGGUAGACCAGCAGGCUGACCACAGACCACACCGGAGGUAUUUUUACAGCGCGGUUUUCCUCCAGUAUUUGCGGAUUGGAGCCCACACGGCCAGCUGCGGAUGUCGCCCGUUUACUGAACGUGCUCUCGGCGCUAAAGUUUUUUGUAUGAGUUGAAGGCUCCGCUUGUGGAUAACAGGAGGGAGAGCAGGGAAGGCCACGGGUAAAGCCUCGGCUUUGUGUUGGUGAUCAUGGCCGGAAGAUUUGACGCGUCGGACCGCGAGAGCUGGUACUGGGGCCGCUUGACCAGAGCGGAGACUGUGUGUAUGCUGCAGGGGCAGCGGCACGGCGUGUUUCUGGUCCGGGACUCCAUCACCAGCCCCGGCGACUACGUGCUGUCGGUGUCGGAGAACUCCAGAGUCUCGCAUUAUAUAAUUAACACGAACAGCCGAAAGCCCGAGCCAGGUUCGCCUCCCCACAAGUUUCGUAUUGGUGACCAGGAGUUUGAGUCUCUUCCUGCUCUGCUCGAGUUCUACAAAAUCCACUACUUGGACACCACCACCUUGAUAGGUCCCAUGAACAAGUCCAAAAAUCCCCGCUCCGCCCGAGGCGUGGCCAAACCUCCGGCACGCUUGGAAGAUGAGUACGUCCGGGGGCUUUUCGACUUCCCUGGCAACGACGAGGAGGAUCUCCCAUUUCGGAUGGGGGACAUCCUCAGAGUACUGGAGAAGCCUGAGGAGCAGUGGUGGAACGCCCAGAACUCUGAAGGAAAAACGGGGAUGAUUCCAGUCCCGUACGUGGAGCAGUUCAGACCGGCGUCUCCGAGCGCGGUGGCCGGGGCCGGCGUGCCUGCGGUGCCGCCUGCAGGGAACUCAGACAACUCUGCAGCUCAGUCCGGCGCUCCGUUGACAGGAGACCCCAGCCAGUAUGCCCAGCCCACUCCCCUGCCGAAUCUCCAGAACGGACCAGUCUAUGCCAGGGCCAUUCAGAAGAGGGUGCCCAAUGCCUACGACAAGACCGCCCUGGCCUUGGAGGUGGGCGACAUGGUGAAGGUGACCAAAAUAAACGUGAACGGCCAGUGGGAGGGCGAAUGUAAAGGCAAGCAUGGCCACUUUCCUUUCACGCACGUGAAGCUGCUGGACCAGCACAGCGCCGAGGACGAACUGAGCUGAGGGCGGACCGCCACGCUACCACCUGGACACUAGUACUAGACCCUUCCUCACCUCUCUUUUUCUCAACCUCCUCCCUCUCCACCCAUCCUGCUCACUCCCCCCACCCUCCUCUUCCUCCCUGAGCUUUUAGCCACACCAAGUACAGUUUCUGGGAAUCGCGAAGAACAAAGCAGGCCCUCGUCGGACCCCCUCCACCCUCACGUGAUCCGUUUCUACUUGUAUUAAUAAUCACCUCCUGUUCCUCGUCGUCCUUCCUGCUCUCCCAGACUGCAACACAGAAGAUGAACCUGCCUCCGCUGCUCCACGGACUCGGCGACCGCUCCCUGUAAUUCGUUCCUGCCGUGGACGGCUUAUCGACGCUCGCUCCUAAGGAGACUCCUUGACGUAGCGUUCAACCACUUCCUCUUCCUGUGUGGAAACCAGUAAUGGCUGCUGUCAUUUUUUUAUUUUUUAUCUUCCACUAAGGAUCACUCAGGCUGCAUUCAUGCCAGAUGGGAAAACAGAACGUUUGCUCUAAUAACAACUGGUUUCCAUGAGUCCUCAAAGAUUUUAGUGAUUUAAUGUAAUUUUUGACAUCCAAAUCCUCAUGUAUUGAAAUAAGGAGAAAUUAUUUUAGUUCUCUUGUUGCAUCUUCAGCAUCCAUGUGAAGAUGGAACUUCAGGAGACAGAUUUUAGGUGUCAGUUCCCCAUUCCCGUCUCAAUUUUAAACCUAUUUUUAAAAAGUCCUUUUAAUCUAAAUAUGCUCACAGUUCCAAUGUUAUCUUUCCAGCUUCAUUUGUGUGAACUCAGAUUUCCUCAUGAAGUUUUUUGAAGUAGAGAUUCACCAAUCUUGAUUUUAAAAAACUUCACCUGCUGGUACCAACUUUAGCUGAUUCUAGCUUCUCUUUAGCAACUUUAAGAAUAAAAACAGGAUGUAUUUCUGUUCAGGCUGCCAUUUUCAUUAGAAAUAAUAUUAGGAGAAGAGAUGACGUCAUGUCAUUCACUGGAAAACGGUUUUACAAGAGAAACCGAUGAUAGUUGACGUAUUGAGCUGCCUUUAGCUCAGCUAGCUUGACAAGAACAACUGUCUCAGUAUGUAUUACACUGAGUUUUUCUAAAUUCUCAGUGUAAAAAUGUAGUGAUCAGUUUAUACAUUUUCCUUACCAGUAUAUUUUUUAAGUUGCACGGCACUUUGAGCUGCUUUUAGUUUGAAGAGUGCUUUAUAAUUAAAAUUUAUUGAUGGAUCGGUUGAAAAGUCUGCAGUGGUAGUAUUUCUCUUUUGACUUUGGCUAAAGACCAUGAGCCAUUUCUUCUUCUAGCGUGAGAAUCGCACGUUUGUUUUGGUUGUACUUACCCAGAAUGCCCUGUGCACUUCUUGUGUUUGUGCGGUCUCCGGUCCGCUUCCAUUCACAUUAUGAAUUCAAAUCUCGUCAGACUUCACUUCAGCCAAACUGAGACCUACGUUUUUAGCCAGAACAGAGUUUGCUUUUUUGGCCCGCAUCAGAGUGACUGACUGUGCAUUCACACCUCCGCAAACCAAUCGGACUUCUAGGCAAACAAAUUAGAGUUUGAUUAAAGCGGACUAAACAGGGCUGGUAUAAAAAUGACAUUGCGUCUAUAGAAGCAUCCACCCCAAAGAUUGGUGAUUUUUCAGUAUGGAAACCAUCGUCAGUCAGUUCUGUUUGUCAGCUGAUUUCUCGAUACUUCUCUACUUUAAAUUUGCAUUAAUUCUGAUGAAAACGAACGGAAACCUGAGGCGUUUUCUGUUUCAUUGUUGAAGGACUCCUUCCUUUACUGGCCAUGAAUGCAGCAAUAUCCUGCGUGAACCCCUGACUUUGAAGGACUGAAGCAGCAGGGCUCAUGUUCAGCAGCAAACCGUUUCCAAAAAGACAUGAAGGCGUAGAACUCUCGGUUAAAUGGAGUAUCGAACACUCAAGUUCAAACCAGCAGCUACAGUAAGAGCAACUGGAUGUAGUCGCAAAGGAGAAACCGCGAGACUGUUGACGAGGUGGGGAUAAAGGCAACACUACAUUCUCUCUCACCUGAACCUUGCUCCACCGAUCACCUCCAACCACGCACCACCAAGUAGUCCUUUGUAGGAUUCAUAGAACAUAUUGUUAUGGAAUGAUGUAACUGUGGUUCUCAUUUCAUGCUGAGUAUUGUUUAUAUCUUACUAGUUGUCUUCAUAGCUGCUUUGAUUUUAACAUUGGGAGGGCACUACAUCUCUGUGGUAGAGGAACUGACCGACCCUCGCAUGUUCUCACUCUGCCUCUGAUGGACACAAUUGAAGUAAAACAGACUGAAUGUAGGAGGCUGCCAGCCACUCUAGUUAGAACCGUCUUAUCAUGUUAGCGUUCUGCAUUCAGCCCACUGAAUUUACCCUACUAAAGCUGACGGCGGUGUGUCCACGUCUCGUCGUGUGUGUCAAAGGAAGGAGAAAGUGGUGUUAUUUGGUACCUGUCCUUCUUGUUUUAAAGCCUUCUGUGAACUUCUUGAGCAAGUUAGUUCUUUUUUUUAUUAUUUUAUUAGUUUCUGUUUUGCUCUUCCUCAUUUAAAAGUUCUGUUUAGUUGCAAAGCACAGGCCCAAGCAUCUUUUUAUUGUUUUACCUCUUCCUUUUCACAGUUUCUUUGAGGUUUGUAGUUCAUGAUGUUUUUUGCCCCUUUAGGAAGGUGUUUUGUUGUGACAAUCAUCAGCGCUACUAUUUAUCAUGACGCAGACUUGUGAACAAAAGCUGAAAACCUUUAAGCGUGACCUGUGGGAACUCAUCCUCUCCUCUUCUCUGUUGUGGUGCAGCAGCCACCUGCAGAUGGCGUUGCAGCAACAUUUGGACAGAUGGGACCAUGUUCUGCAUGUCCUGAUGACAGUGAAGGGGUGGAGGGAUUCCUCUGGUAAAGAUGUGUACAAUACCUCAGAAUGCUUUCUACUCCCAAACCUUUAAUUUCAGUGUAUUUACUGAGUGGCGAGAGAAAUUCGAUGGUAUCAAGUCUGAAUGGGCAUUUUUAGUUAGUAAUGUAAGAUGAACAUGGAAGACAGUUAGUUUUUGUUAAUGUCUCAUGUUUUUAAUCAUAAUCCUGUGUGUAACGGUUUUGUUGUUAGUCUCCCAUCAGAAACCAACAAGCUUUCAUUUAAUAAUUUGGAAAUUCACCAAAAAAGGAUUAUUGUGGAUGAAAAUCAGCCUGAUAGCAUCACAGAUCCACUGCUGUACUUUUGUUGUGUGUUUUCCACACCCGUUAAAGAAAAUCCCACACUAGGGCUGAAGCAAUGAAUCAAUUAUUCAAAUUAUUGUCAGCUAAUUUAGUAAGCGAGUAAUUAACUGGAGCAUACAGACUCAAAAAAUACCAUUUUGCUGAAAGAACACUGAGCAGUAAUUAAGCCACAACUGAACCAAAAUGUAUACAAUUUGAGUUUGAAGAUUAAAAAAAAUUCAAUUGUCUGAAACAAAUGUUCUACCUAUAAUUCCUCAAUUUUUAGAAUCUGAAAAGAAAACCUCACCUAUUAACCACCUUUUGGAGUUAUUUUAAUCAAUUAAUCCAAAAAUAAUCAGUUUGACAUUUUAAGCUAAAAAUCCCUCUUAUUUGAAAUAUGAAUUUAAUUGUUUAUUUCAUCCACAAACAUCUAGCAUUUGCUAUGGAAACACAAGAUGCCACUGAAGACGGUUUAAGGUUCUUAAGUUUCAUUUCGUUUUGAAGGGAUUUUCGGGAGUGGCUUUGUUAAGAGGAGAACCUCCUCCCCGACUAAAUGAAUGCACUCAAGUUAAAGGCUGUUAUUUGUUCUAAUUACUUCAGAGCGAUCUUGUGCUGCUUCAAAAACGCUGGGUUUAUUUUAAGGCUUUUUACACAUCUUUAUCAGGGGUGCUAAUAAAUGUUCACGCCUCUCUAAAUGCACCGUUUGUAUUAUGAUGCUAUCUGUCUUCAGGUGGCCCCAGACAUCUCUCUGACCUAAUUUUCUAUCCUGCCUUCAUUUAUUUGUCUUUUCUGUUUUUUUUUUCUGCUCUUGUAAUAUUGUAGUGACUCAGAGGAGAAACCUUUAUUUACUGCCAGCUUUUAAUACAGUCCAUUUAUCUGUGUGUGGUUCUGAUCAAAUCCGCCUUGUUUCUCUGACUCUGCGUACAGCAGGUGCUCUGCCACAUAACUCAUCGUCUAAAUUGUGUUGCCAAUGAAACCACCAAGAAGUAUUUUUUUAGUAGCCCUGCAUGAAGUCAUUCAUUUCCUUUCAGAAGAAGGAAGGAGGUGGCAGAGUGCCAGUGGAAACUGUGUAAUAUCGAAAUGUGCCAUUUUAUUAUAACACUAUAUUCUUUCAAGACAAUUGAAAUUACCUUUUUAUUUUCAGUAGCAUGUAAUGUGUUAAUAUACUAGUAAAUAAAGUCAAACCUAUGAAAAAUGA